AUGCCACGAUCUAAGAAGUCUGGCCGAGCUGCAAAAGCGGCGCGGUUCCGGGCAGCCGCUUCAACCGGAACGCGCCCACGGAACGAGGCCAUCGCGGCAUCUGUGCUGCACAAAAUCACGGACACCCACGACUUCUCGAUGAGAGACGAGGCUCGAAACACUGCCCAUAGCCACAACACAUGGGGCCAGGAUGCGAAGCUGAGGGCCAGGCCGGUUGCCUUCAUCAGCGCCGGAUUGAUUGAGCCUCUUAAGGACUUAUCUCUUGACAGCAGUGGCGGGGAAGCUGAUCCAGACAGGCUCAAAAGCCACGACAAGCAGCCCAACUUGAACUUAGAACCGCCCCGUCAGAAACAGACUACAAACUCAGAUCUGACUGCAGACGUAGCCGGUCAGGUGCUUGCAGAAAAUGCAAUAGUUGGCCCAACUCCUGCUAUCGAUCCGCCUCAAGAGAUGUUUUUCAUCGACAAAACAGGAGACAAAAAUUUGUCAGCUGGCACAAAUCUGAAGUUCACCUCACCGCGACCGGCAUCACCAGGAGAGAGCACCGAUUCCAGCGAGGAGAUCAUCCUUUUCAAGGGAAGAAACAUGACCCGCCCCACGGAUCGCUCAGAUAUCAUACACGAUGAGAUCAGCAUACAAAUAGAAUCAGUCACAAACCAGAUUGAACACACCUCGCUGACUAAAGACCGGAUAGAUGCUCAUCACGUUCAGGGUCUGGAGGCCUUACAUUCCGAUUUACAAACGCAGCAAGAUGAAGAGGACGCCAUUAUCGCCGACUACAUUGCGAAUAUGGCUGAAGCUGAUGCUGCUGCUGAUGAUGACGAUGAAGUCGACGAGAUUGCCCCACAAGAGCCUAUCUUCAAUAUGAGGGACCUCGGUGCACCGGACGGAGAGGCAGCUUUUGGCGAUGCCUCUAACGACGACGAUGCAAUUGACAAAUUACUCCCGAGUGACGGCUGUAGCUCAUUAUCCUCGUCGGAUGAUGACGUUGGCGAUGAGGAAGAUGACGACGACGCAGAGGGUGACUUGGAAGGCAAGUCACCAGUAGAUCAAGUCGACGACGAGGAGUUGGCGAGAAUCAUCGCCAAGCAGGAGGAACUAGGUCUUGGGGGCGACGAGGUUCUGCUCUUCUCCGCAGAGCACACAGCUGGUUCCGGGCCCUCUUACGGCCGCCCCCGCCGGAGAAAGGGGUCGUCACUUGCCCACAUGGCCCAAGCUAAGAGCACUGGCAGAUCGGUUCCCAGCGCGAGUGCGCUCGCCGACGCAUUUGAUGAGUUUGACCUGAUGGACUGGGGCCGGUCUAAUCCGCAGCUCAAGGCGAAAGGGAAGCGCGGCCAAAUAACGUUCGACGUCUCUGAUUCUGAGCUCGACUCAGCGCUGCAAGAGGCAUGGCAAAAAGAUCGUGCAACAAAAAAGGAAAAGAAGAGAGCUCGCGAGCAACUCCGUGCACAGGGCUUCUUGGGAAGCAAGGCCAAUCCUGAGGAUCCCCGAACCAAGUAUCAAGACGGCAUGUCCAUGGAAGAUAUCAAGGGCGAGCUGAGGGCCUUCCUACUCAGCUCCGAUACAACCCUCGCACUUCCUCCCAUGGAUGCCUCUGCACGGAAGCUUAUCCAUGAGAUUGCGAAUAAAUUCAAGAUCAAGUCCAAGUCUGCCGGCAGCGGUGAUCAACGCCGUCCAGCUCUUUACCGCACCAAGAACACGAUGAGGUAUACCGAGUACUCAUUCGAACAGGCAUUUGCGCGCGUUGGGCGUCGGUAUUUCCCUCGCCUAGAUGGCACUGGGAAGACGCCCAAGAGAACUGGAGGCUCCGGCCGCGUUAAUCACGCGGCGGUGACUUACCGCGAUGGAGAGGUAGUGGGAGCGUCGGCUCCAGAGCUUGGAGAGAGCAACAAGGGCCGUAACAUGCUGGAGAAGAUGGGUUGGUCUAGUGGGAUGGGCCUGGGGGCCACUGACAACAAGGGUAUCUUACAACCAGUUGUGCACGUAGUCAAACGCAGCAAGGCAGGCCUAGGCUAA